AGCCAAGCUGAGAGAGCCUGGCAUCAAAUGUUACUUUCAAUAUUAUUGCAAUUUUCUUGCUUAAACUCUUUCUUUCUAUAAUAAUACCCACGCAUCAUCAGUUUUUCUCUACUUUCUUUUUCUUACCUCAAAAAUGAAGUUUGGAAAAGAAUUCAAAGCACAAAUGGUUCCAGAAUGGCAAGAAGCAUACAUGGAUUAUGAUUUUCUGAAAACCCUUUUAAAAGAGAUUCAAAGAUUCCAGUUAAGAAACAGGCCACCAGCAACCCCAGGCCGCGGUGGCCUGAAGCGAAAGCUAACGUUAUAUAGAGCUUUCAGUGGAUUAACGCAGAGAAACAACAUUAGCGCUGAAACAAACUCUAAUGAUGAUAGUGACAUUGAAAGUCAAUCCAUUUUGGUUAAUUCUGUUAACCAAAAUGGCUCUCAAAGCUAUCAGACUACUUUUCUUAUGUCUGCAGAAGAAGGAGGUGAAUAUGAGCUUGUUUAUUUUAGAAGACUUGAUGAUGAGUUCAAUAAAGUGAAUAAGUUUUGUAAGGCUAAAGUUGAAGAAGUGAUGAAAGAAGCUGACAUGUUGAAUAAGCAAAUGGAUGCUUUGAUUGCUUUCAGAAUCAAAGUGGAGAAUCCUACUGGUUGGUUUGAUAGGUCUGCUGAUAUGACACGUCUUGCUUCUGAUGUUGCUGCUUCUGCUGCUGCUUUGGCUGCUUCUACUCCUUCAGGAGCUAGAGCAACCAGAAGAGUGCCUACGUUGGAUGUGAUCGAUGAAGGAUCAAGCCUGCCCGAGGCUCCAGAUAGUAGUAACAGUGAGGACGAGAUUAAUGGAGAUGGUGACAAUAUUAGCCAAAACAUACAAGCAGUAAAGAAAUCAAAAAACAUCAGAGGGUCGAGACCAGCUCCAUUGGAGAUACUAAACAAGGUGAAAAUUAACAAUACACUGGAAACACCUCGCUCCACCAUUAAAAGUGUCCUGCAAGUUCCUCAGAAGACAGAAUUGAAAUUCACAAGGGAAAAUCUUAGAAAAGUUGAGGAUCAACUGAAGCGUGCUUUUGUCGAAUUUUACCAAAAGCUUCGUCUUCUUAAGAGUUUCAGCUUCUUGAACACAUUAGCAUGUUCCAAAAUCAUGAAGAAGUAUGAUAAGAUUACUUCAAGAAAUGCAUCAAAAGCUUACAUGAAAAUGGUAGAUAACUCCUACCUCGGCAGUUCUGAUGAAGUAACGAAACUCAUGGAAAGAGUUGAGUCUACAUUCAUCAAGCAUUUUUCAAAAUCGAAUCGGAGUAAAGGCAUGAGCAUCUUAAGACCAAAAGCAAAAAGAGAUAGACACAGAACAACAUUUUCAAUGGGUUUCUUUUCUGGCUGCACAGUUGCUCUCAUCAUAGCCCUUGUUUUGAUUAUUCGUGCCCGAAAAAUCAUGGAUAAUCCAGGGAGAGAAGCAUACAUGAAAACCAUGUUUCCACUAUACAGCUUAUUUGGAUUCAUUGUCUUGCACAUGGUAAUGUAUGCUGUAAAUAUAUACUUCUGGAGGCGAUACAGAGUGAAUUAUUCUUUCAUAUUUGGAUUCAAACAAGGAACAGAAUUAGGUUACAGACAAGUUCUACUCGUGGGUUUUGGCAUUGCAGUACUAGCACUCAUCUGUGUCCUUUCAAAUCUUGACAUGGAAAUGGACCCUAAAACAAAAGAUUACAAAAAAUUCACUGAACUACUCCCUCUUAACCUGGUUAUACUUCUACUUGUCUUAUUGUUCUUGCCAUUCAAUGUCCUGUACCGCUCAAAUCGCUUCUUUUUUCUCACAUGUCUCUUUCACUGCAUUGCUGCUCCUCUCUACAAGGUCACUCUCCCUGAUUUCUUCUUGGCAGAUCAACUAACCAGCCAGGUACAAGCAAUUAGAAGUCUGGAGUUCUACAUCUGCUACUACGGUUGGGGAGACUAUAAACAAAGAGAAAAUACGUGCAAAACAAGUGGUGUAUACAACACCUUUUACUUCAUUGUUGCUGUUAUUCCUUACUGGGCUCGUCUUCUUCAGUGCCUCCGUAGGCUAUUCGAAGAGAAAGAUCCAAUGCAAGGAUAUAAUGGAAUAAAGUAUUUCGUGACAAUAGUAGCUGUUUGCUUGAGAACAGCUUACAGUCUUAAUAAAGGGAUUAGUUGGAAAGUAAUAGCAUGGGUUUUUUCAGCAAUAGCAGCCAUUGUUAGUACUUACUGGGAUCUUGUUAUUGACUGGGGACUUCUUCAAAGAAAAUCCAAGAACCGUUGGCUUAGAGACAAGCUCCUUCUUCCUCACAAAACUGUGUACUUCACAGCCAUGGUGGUGAAUGUUCUGCUGAGAUUUGCAUGGUUGCAAACUGUUCUGAAUUUCUCAUUCCCUAAUUUGCAUAGAGAAACUUCAAUCGCCAUUGUUGCUAGUCUUGAGAUCAUUCGUCGAGGCAUAUGGAAUUUCUUCAGGUUGGAGAAUGAGCAUUUGAAUAAUGUAGGGAAAUAUCGGGCAUUCAAAUCAGUACCACUACCUUUCAACUAUGACGAGGAUGAAGAUAAAGAUGAAUAAGCUUUUUUAGCAAAGAUUUUUGACUAAAAUGGAGAAAAUAUAUAACAAGAAAGACCAAGAAAUUUUACAAAGCAAGUCAUCUUUAGGAAGUUUAAGGGAAACAAUUAAUUACCUUUUGGCGAUAUAAUUAAUUGUAUAAAUUAUUUACGUUCAUUGAACCUGUUAAUUAAUUAAUUUUUGUAAAUGAUUUUUUUUUUUUUUGAGCAAGUAGCUUGCGGAUUUAGAAAUCUAAUUACAUCAUCCAUGCAUAUUGUUUUUUUUAGCAAUAUCAACUUUGCUUUCUUUGAUUAAAAUAAAUUAUAUAUGUUUUGGUUGUGAUUA